AUGCCCAGGGUGAAACAGAUCCUGCGACUCAAACAACAGAAGCGUAAAGAAGCCGGGGAGCGCAACCCUACCUCCAUCGCUGGUAUCAAGCGACUGCUGGAAACAGAGGGAAGCAAUGCGGAAGACGAGGCUCGCAAGAAGAUGCGGAUGGAUAUCGACACGGAGCUCCAGUCGAUGAUCCUUCCAGCUCAUAAGCACUGCCCGUUCAAAUACGAGUACUCCAUCUACAUCGACUCCUAUGGCCAUCCAUGGGUUGCAACCUUACGCCGCAGCGCUGCCGGGACGGUCGAGAACGAAUACCACCAUCUCCAGCUCCUAAAGCACAAGUCCGGAACCAGCUUCGUCGCCUGGGCUGGGUGGGGGAAGAUCGGAAAGGGGCCAGUUAUCCAGUCGAAACCCACGCCGACGGCAGACCUUACGCAGGCACGGGCGGAUUUCGAAAGCCAGUUUAUGCAGCACACGGGGUAUGCAUGGGCGAGCAGGUUCGACAACCCGCCUCAACGGGCUGGUAAGUUCGUUUACAGACCACCGGGAUACCUCUCCCGUGACUGUGAACACGACCCUUUCAACCUGCAGAAGGCGCCAAAGGUCAUAACGCACUUCCCCGUGCCGGAAUGUGGGCUUCCGGAGGCGACCAGGGAAAUCGUGGCCUAUAUCCUGAACCAGGAUACGCUGCUGUCGGACACGACGGGGUACGAUGCCAGCAAGCUCCCGCUCGGUCAGUUGGACAACAAGACUCUAGUGCAUGCCUACCACCUUCUGGAGAAGCUCCUAGAGCUUAUUCUGAACCCUGGGUCGGCGCAGGGAGCGACCUCAACCCAUCUGGCGAACCUUAGCAGCCAGUAUUUCAGCCUCAUUCCGCAUAUCUUCGGCGACAACCAGAUCCCCGUGAUAUCGACGGCCAACCAUGUCGACGAGGAGCUGAAGCUUCUUAACGAACUGGCCAAUGGCCUCCUCGCGACGAGGGUCGGCAGCGACAGUAAGAGCGACUUUGUAUCGCCCGUGGAGCGCGCCCUGGAAAAGCUUAAUCUUCACAAUGGAGGCAUUAUCCCACUGGACCACAAGGUAAGCGAGUUCAAGCGGCUGAAGACCUACUACGAACGUACAAGUAACCCGACGGACGCAGCAAACCCAUACAAGGUCAUCCAAAUCUUCCGCAUCACGCGCCCCGGCGAAGAAGCACGCUUCCAAACCUCCAAAUUCGCCAAGCUAGGACCCAAGCACAGCGACCGCCGCCUCCUCUGGCACGGCUCCAAACGGAUCAACUUCGCGGGGAUUUUCAAAGCGGGUCUCCUGAUUCAGCCGAACGGCGUCAAGCUGAGCGGUUCGAUGCUCGGCCACGGCGUGUACUUCUCCGACAUGGCGGGCAAAUCGCUCAACUACGCGUGUGGGAUGCGCACGCAGAAGACCGGCCUGCUGCUCCUCUGUGAUGUGGAGAUGGGGCAGCGCGCCGACGGCACCUGUCGGCAUCACUGCCAUGGGCAGAGGCCUGUCUCGAACUUUAAGGAUGCCAGUUAUAUCCAUUCGGGGCUGAGGGGGUUGAAGGUCGUUGAUGUGGCGGGGAAGAAGGAUGUGUUUGGGCAGAUGAGCGAGUAUGUGGUUUAUGAUGAGGCGCAGAUUCGCAUUCGGUAUCUGGUUUUUGUUGCGCAGGAUAGACCGGGGGUUGGGUAG